UAAAGGAAUAUUGGACCAUUUUAGCCUAUUUCAGGUUGAACCCGAAGAACAAAACUAAGAAGAAGAGAUAGAACGAAAGCAGGAAACAGAAGAUGGGAGUAACAAAGGAACAAGUUGAGUCUUCCUUAACUUCAAAAUUGAAGCCUUCUCAUCUGGAAGUGAUCGAUACAUCUGGAGGGUGCGGUGCAAGUUUUGCAAUCGAGAUUGUUUCGGAACAAUUCCAAGGGAAGAGGCUCCUAGAAAGGCACCGGGUAGUGAAUGCUGCUCUGGAAGAUGAGAUGAAACAAAUCCAUGCUCUGUCGAUAAAGAAGGCUCAGACCCCGGAGCAGUGGAAACAACAGCAGGAUGCAGAAAACCCUAAACCAAAUGCUUAGAAAUAUACUAAAAUCGUAAUUCAAACAGUUAAAUAAGAGUUCAUGUAAGUACCUACCCAUGGGGGAGUUUGUGAUGCAUGCCAAACUACUAAUUUCACAUGAUAGAAAAUUAUGGGAAA